CUCUCCGAUUCAACACAGCAGAGUGCGCCACACACACCUGUCAGCCAGGUACAUACAACACACUUUUCUCCAGUUCUUUCUGGGUAAGUGCUUCAGCUGGUCUAUUUUCUUUGGAGUUCUCUCAUCAGCUACAUACUGUAGCCUUACUGGACUAUGCCCUGCUCUGUGCACUGAGGGGCUUUGAGGGUACUGCGAGGAGAGAUUUUCCACAAUCAGGUGUGAUUGAACAGCACACUGGUGAAGAUGCAAGCCUCCACAACAUCUCCUGUGACCAACCUCACCACAGCCGUGACCAAAUCAAGAGAACAAAUACUCAUCCAGAGUUCAGGUGCCAUGAUCGCAGUCAUCGUCAUUGGCGUCAUCUUCAUCCUAGGCAUACUACUCAUCAUACUGAAGACGUAUAACAAGAUGAUGCACACAAGAAGGAUGCUCAGUGGGACAUCCAGAAAACCGCGGAAAAACACAACCUCAACAACAACAAUGACAACGUUGCAGAUGACGAAUGUACAAAACAGCACCAGGUUGGGAGGCUUAGCAAAUUUGGCCAAUACUUCGGAGAACGAGUUCCGUUUACCACGAGCCGAGCUGGCCAGUACCUCUACUGUGGCCACGAUACAUAACAUGGCACCAAGCGGAAAUACGUAAAAAAUAUAUAUAUUUAUAUAAUUAUAUAUUUUUAUAUACAUAUAUAUGUAAAACACCUAAAGACUGAUACGUGACUUAAAUGGGCUCUAAUGUGCUGUAUUGAAUACACACACACCCCCAGAAUGGAAAAACUGUUCAGAGGAUGAUAAUCAAGAACACCUCUGAAGGAAAAACAGUCAGUGGACCACAGGGGACAUUUUUUGAACCAAAAGAUGUCAGACGGUGGCUAAACGGUCCACAGGGAGUUCUCAGAGCUAAGCAUGGGCACAUGGACCACUGGGGUUCAUUACAGCUCUGAGAAAACCAUUCCAGUGUUCUGUUAACAUGUUGAAGGAUCAGUGGCCAUUUUACCUAAUAAUCCCAAGUUUGUGGUCUCUGGAAAUGGAAACUAUUUACUUUUAUACAGUAGAAAGGACUUACACAAUGUCAUGACUGAGCAAAUAAUACAAGGUAUGAUAUUACAACCGGUUUCCUUUGAGUCCAAGUGCACAGACAGUAGUGAAUACAGAGUGAAGGCUGUAAUGUGUAACUACUGUCAAAAUAACUUUAUUUAAAAUAAAAAUCUUGAAAACCUUUUUAA